AUGAUCGUGAAAAGCUUGGAAAGCACCGUCUCAUCGGUGUUGAGCCUUAAGCGGCCGGCUCUGAUAGCGCACGGUGAGCAGGUGCGCCCGAAAGACGCUCGGCCGCUGGCCGUGAUCGACGAGAACAAUAACGAGUUCCUCCCGAGCGUCGGCGAGGACCUGGAGCUCGUACCCGAGCCGGCCACCACGGAUACGCUACGACCGUUCUACGAUGGUAAGAGCGUGUUCGUGACCGGUGGCACCGGGUUCCUCGGUAAGGUGCUGAUCGAGAAGCUACUGCGCGCCUGCGAGGGCCUACGCACCAUCUACAUCCUACUGCGCCCGAAGCGAGGCCUCACCAGCGAGCAGCGCUACAAGGAGUUCGUCCGGCAUCCGGUGUUCGACCGGCUGCGCAGCAAGACGCCCCAGCUCCUCGAAAAGCUGGUGUGCGUCGGGGGCGAUAUCUCGCUGCCGCUUCUUGGACUGUCCGAGCGCGACCAUCGCACACUGCUCGACCAGGUGCAGGUGGUGUUCCACGUCGCGGCCACCGUGCGCUUCAACGAGGGACUCAUCGAGGCCGCACUGCUUAACACGAUCGGCACCAAGCGACUACUGGACCUUUGCGCCAACAUGCAACAGCUACAGAGUGUAGUCCACGUCUCGACCGCCUACAGCAACCCGUGUAGGAGCGAGGUCGACGAGGCGGUCUACCCACCGCCGAUGGAUCCGGAACAAUUCAUGCAGUGCAUACAGCUGCUGCCGGGCGAUGUCAUCAACGCCAUCGCCGGCAAGCUCCAGGGCACCCAUCCGAACACCUACACGCUAACGAAGUCCAUCACCGAGCAGCUCGUGGCGCAGUACGCCGACCGGCUACCGCUCUGCAUCGUCCGCCCAUCCAUAGUGACGGGUGCGGUGGCCGAACCGUACCCCGGUUGGAUCGACAACGUGUACGGCAUCACUGGCAUCAUGAUGGAGAUCGGACGCGGUACCAUCAGCAGCAUAAUGUGCGACGAACGGUGCACGAUGGACGUCAUACCGGUCGACAUCGUGUGCAACACGCUGAUCGCAGCCGCCUGGGAGAACGCCCAAAAAAUUGCAACGCCGAUACGUGUGUACAACUGCACCUCGGGGCAGGUGAACGGCAUCAAGUGGCACGAAUACGGCCGCAUAACGCAGCAGUGCGCCGUCCGCAACCCGACCAAGUACGUGAUGCUCUAUCCAGGCUUCCGGUUCCGCACCAACCGGCUGAUGCACAAGCUGGUCGAGGUGCUGCUGCACUUCCUGCCGGCGUACCUGUUCGACGUGCUGAUGCGCGCCCAGGGCGCCAAGCCGAUCAUGGCUAAGAUCGCCAAGCGCUUCCAGAAGGCGGCCGACACAGGCGAGUACUUUGCGAUGCACGAGUGGAACUUCCGCAACGAUAACCUGCUCGGGCUGGGGCGGCGCGUGCGUCGAGACCGGGCCGGCGCCGACUUCCCCUGUGACGUCCAGGGGCUCGACUGGGCAGCGUACAUCGAGAACUACAUGCUCGGCAUCAGGCGCUUCGUACUGAAGGACGAACUCGAUAGCAUGAGCCAGGCGCGCUCCAAACUCCAGCGGUUGCUCUGGUUCAAGCGCUUCCUGCAGCUCGGUGCGCUUCUGUUGCUGUACUACUUCUGCGGGCUCCUGUUUCGGAUGCAUCACAUCUAG